AUCUUUGAGCUACGCUACUCCACCGACGUCCUCCUCCUUCGCUGAAAGGAAACUCGCCGAAUCUGCACUAUUUCUUAAAAUUCAUGUCUAGUGUGGAUUUUCAUCUGUUUAUGCCUCAAACCAAGCUCCACGUCUUCAAUGCUGGCCGUCAGUUUGGGCUUCGUCGAUGAACCUUCACCUAAUAUCAGCUCAACGAUUGAGCUCCACUCCAGACCUUUGUAUACAUAGUAAUGCCUACAUGUUCAUUUCACAUCUCUGAAGCGCUCUAGAUCGUGUCAACGCGGUUCAACUCUUGCUGGCAAGAAGCUGCCGUCUGUAUUGGAAGCGAGAGGAUCUGCUGGUGAAGACCCGUCCGACAUGGCAACGCCGUAUGGUACGAAGACUGGUUAUCCAGCUACUAACCCAGAGCCUUACGAUGAGGCUCCUCGACGAGCUCACCGGAAACUCCACUGUCUGGAUUUCAUUCUGCGUGUGCUGACUGCCAUGGCAACAGCUGCAGCCAUCGUUACCCUCUUGUUUUCGGUUCAGACUGUCAGGGGUGUGAGAGUUAGAUGGAUCGACUUCGGUGCGUUCAAAUAUCUGAUGGUCGCGAAUGCCGUUGUAUGCGCGUAUACAAUCCUGGCUGCUCUUGCCUCGUUGAUUGGAGUAUGCACCCGAAGAGGCCCUUUGAGCUCCACUCCCAUCGCGUGGCUGACCUUCCUGGUCGACUUACUUUUGGCGAACGCGCUGAUGGCAGCGGCGGCUGCUUCCACAGCCCUAUCAUGGAUUGGCAACCGAGGUGAAUCUGCCGCGCGCUGGGCCCCAAAUUGCGGUGCGUUCCACAGGUUUUGCACGAGAAUCGGUGGGUCGCUCAUCGCCACCUACAUAGCGUGGAUUUUCCUGAUCCUUUCCACCAUCUUGGCUGCCAUCGCUCUUCACAAACUUCGACGAAGGGUGGCGUAUUGAGAGAAUCACACCACCAGGAGAAUCAACCACCAACGCUAUGUACCCAAUUGAUCGGUUCAGACCUGGAUUGUUGUCGGCCGAAGAGAUACACUCAUCCCCUAGUUCUAUAAUUCACAUAUUCUAUGUUACAGUUAGCCAUUGGGUCGAAUUUAGAUCUCGAUAACCUGUACAAAGUCACGUGGUUUGUUUGUUACGAAUACAUGGCUGCUGUGCUCACAUUAUCAAAUCGUCUGUGCCGACAGCUUAGAGACAUGUAAUUACGGCAACUGUUGCACAACGAUCUUGUCUUCAAUUUCACUGUAAUCAAUCAAUAUUAUGCACUUCCUGCUUCUUCUUGCA